UCUCCCUCAUGCGCACUGGCACCCGGCUGUCAUGCCGAGCGCCCACACUACAGAAGCCGGGAAGACAGCGCGCGGCUGGAUAGAGGAACAGGUAAGAUCAAAGAACAACUCCGCAGAAUCAUCUCCUGUACUGUUCGCAGUCUCUGGUCAUCUCCUGUACUGUGUCCGCAGUCUCUGGUCAUCUCCUGUGCUGUCCGCAGUCUCUGGUCAUCCCUGUGCUGUCCACAGUCUCUGGUCAUCUCCUGUACUAUGUCCGCAGUCUCUGGUCAUCCCUGUGCUGUCCACAGUCUCUGGUCAUCCCCUGUAUAAUGUCUGCAGUCCACUAGUUCAGAAUUUUUUUUUUCCUGUUUUCUGCCUCUAAAACCUAGGUGCAUCUUAUGGUCAGGUGCGUCUUAUGGAGCGAAAAAUACGGUAAUUUCCUUGCUGUUUGCUCAG